GAUGAAAUUUAGUCGUGAGAUUCAUAACUGUUUAGUGCACAAACAACAGAACGUUAUUAUACAUUAUAUAAAACAAAAACUCAAGAGCAAGGUUAAAACUUGUGUGUGUACUGUUCUUACUAAAUUUCAUGUUGUGUGUGUGUGGCAGUUUUGUGUCUAUAGCAUGAGCUACUCCAAUUACCAGUUUCCAGACUGAACUGAGCCAACAAAUUCUUUUUCCUACCAUUUUUGUCUUUCUACCCACGACGGACUAGAAAAACGGCCAAACCGAUGCCAAAGUAGACGGAACUUUUCUAGCUCUACGUGACCUGAUUUCCUUUUCCGACUGAUACCUAACAACGGAAACUAUUUUUAAAUGCGAGCUCCCCGACGUCAGGGACAUGGACGCUUUGAUAUGCUACCUUUGCAAUUAUUUUGGAUAGCAGGUUGUUUUAAAGCGUCAUUUUAGCAGGAAUUCUCAAAGUCAAAUGAAUUCCUAUGGGACAAUUUUACCUACGCCCUUGCAAGUGUAUGAACUUUUUGUCCAUUUUAAGGGAUGGAAAUCGUAUCUUCUAGAGAAAAAGAAUUUCUCCGAAUUCCACCGUUCAAUUUCUAUAGGCUUAUUUGGCAAAUUGUUCUUUAAUAGUCGACAAGUGCACCUCUCUUAAACCGAUUUCCGUUUAAUAACCCCAAAUGAAUUUAGAAAUCCACAAGGACUUAAAGUGGCUUCCUUAUUCAUCCGCUGAAAGAUUGACGCGUAGGGUCCAUCUCAUCAAUGUGCGUUGGCAGCUAUAUAUGGAGCUGGGAAACGUUUCGGAUUGGCUAUUGGCUGCAAUGGACGCGAGCUGAGACUGCUGUUUCUAAGUUUACACGGGCUUUUGCUUCCGCGCACGCUAUGGAUUGUGCCGGGCUACUGUAAGCGUGUAUACGGGGAUUGGCAUGUAGGAACCCGAGCCGGGCGUCGGCGACGGGUUAGCCUAUAGUUAGCCAGGGUAUAUAAAGGACGGACGCCGAGAUGUUCAUUGCCCAGUUCUCUCUCAAGGAGCUACUGGAACAUACUCGACCUUCUCUCCUUUUGAACUAAAUCUUUCAUCAUGGGUGAUGUAGAGAAGAAGAAGAAGAAGAAGAAGAAGGAAGAGGAACCCGCCGCUGAUGCCGCUCCCGCCGCCGCUCCCGCUCCGGCUCCCGCAGCUAGUUCUACCAAGUCUGGUUCGACUGGUGGCUCCAAGAAGCAGGCCGCUCGCUCUGGCAGUAAUGUCUUUUCGAUGUUCAGCCAGAAGCAGGUUGCCGAGUUCAAGGAAGGCUUCCAGUUGAUGGACCGCGACAAGGACGGAAUCUUGGGCAAAAAUGAUUUGCGCGCCACUUACGACGAGCUGGGCCGCAUCGCGUCCGAGAAGGAAUUGGACGAGAUGCUCAAGGAUGCUCCAGGACCCAUCAACUUCACCGCCUUGUUGAUGAUGUUCGCCGAAAGGCAAUCUGGAGGUGCCGAUGAAGAUGAAGUUGUUAUCGCUGCCUUCAAAUCUUUCGAUGAUGGCACCGGUCACAUCGAUGGUGAGAACUUGCGACACGCCCUCAUGACCUGGGGUGAGAAGUUCUCCGCCAAAGAAGUCGAUGAUGCCUACGCUGAGAUGACCAUUGACAACGCCAACCGCAUCGAUUGCAAUGCACUCAUCCAGAUGUUGACCUCCUCUCCAGCUGAGGAAACCGAAGGCGAGGCUGCUUAAAUUCUUUUUUCCCCACCACCUCAAAAAAGUCGUUGUUUUCUCUCCUUUUUCUUCUUCUGUCUUUUCUCUAUCAUUAAAAAAACAAAACAAAAAGAAAUUCACAUGCAAUCUGCAAGAUCAUCAGCAGAAUAACAACAACAACAACAACAACCUAAAAAAUAAACUGUUUCAAGAAAAUCCUUCCUGCUAUGAUUUUUUCCUUCAUUUUGUGCUAUGGGAGUUGUUUGAGUCUGGUUCCUAUCAACACCAGUUUAAAAUAGUGAUGACUUCCAAAUACAACUACUCUUAGACCGGAA